AUGUCCAAACAGCAGAGCUCAGAACUACCCCCACCUAAAUCAGCAUUAGACAUUGCAGUAAGCCAGCUGGUCCGUGCAGCCGUCGGUGGAAUACCUAGCUCGAUUCCCGAUGAAGAUUUGAAUAAAUAUGUUGCGGAUCUCAUUUUAAAAGAAGCAGAAGCAAAAAACCUCAAGUACAAGAAGGAAGGCGUAAGAGCUUUCUUGCCUCAUACAGGAUUACCACCUUGCAAUCUGCCGAAAACGAACAAAAGAUUUCUAGUUAACAUAGUUCAAAACGUUGACUCUCACAAUAAGCGUCAAUUGAGGGAUAAAGUUAACUCGAGAUCCAGUUCGUCAAACCACAAGCAGAGUUAUAGAACAAGAGAUCGCCGUGAUGACCGUAACCGACGUAGACGUCCUCGAUCAAAAUCUCCCGAGAGGAAACGGCUGCAUAGCCGCUCGUCAUCAGAAAAGUCAAGUCACCGAAAGCAUUCUAGGUCUCCCUCGCGGUCUCCGUGUCAGUCUUCAGAUUCGUCUUCACAGAAAAAACGACAGAAGAAAAGCGAUGAUAUUGAUGAGCGAGAGAUAAAGUUUGAAAAGGUUAGGGAAUGGGAUCGCCCCAAAUUGAUAACCGGAUGGGAUCCCGAGAAGGAAAGGACAUUAGAAUCUUCUCCACGAUAG